UACAUUUUUUCUUCUUCUUUUGAGCUGCUUGUUGCACAGGAAUUUCCCCUGUGUCUUAUCUUAAAAGUGGAUUUUCCCAAAGAAGUUUCCCUUUCUCCGGGUCUGCAUUAUUUGCUUCAGGCUACAAUAAAAUACAACUCAUUCAUAAAUGUAACCAUGGAUGUUUCUCAGUUAAUCUGCACCAUUUUGGGGCAUAUUGUGACGCACUUUCCUCGGAGGCGGAAUCACGGACAGAAAAAAACCCCAAGCAGGCUCGGAGCCGGACUCAUUACCGUGAACCACAGUAGGACUCUGAAGCUGCGCUCGGACGGACACAACGGAAGGAUGUGGCUGCUGUCGGUGCUGGUGCCUCUUCUCAAGCUGCAUUUCUGCGGAAUCAAAGUUCUUCUCUAUCAGGCCUUCAACAGAUCUUUUACGCUCCCAGUGUUGCCCAAGCAGAAUGGAAGAUUUGCCAUUGUGACUGGCGGUACCAGAGGAAUGGGUUUUGAGACAGCGAAACAUCUGGCAAGGCUCGGCAUGCAUGUUGUCAUAGCUGGAAACGAGAGAGAAGAAGGCGCAGCGGCCAUCUGGAGGAUUCAGGAAGAAGACUGCGUGGGGAAAGUUGAGUUUGCCUACGUGGACCUGACCUGUCUGAAAUCAGUGCGACAGUUUGCUCAGACUUUCCAAAACCGAGGGCUCCCCCUCCAUGUCCUGGUUAACAACGCUGGAACCAUGAUGCUUCCUGAGAGACGGACGGAGGACGGCUUUGAGUUCCACUUUGCGCUCAACUACCUGGGCCACUUCCUGUUGACCAACCUGCUGCUGGACACGCUGAAGAGGUCAGGACGGCAGGGCCGCUGCUCCAGGGUGGUCAACAUGUCCUCGGCUACGCACUACGCAGGAGUGGUGCAAAUGGACGACUUAAACCUCAGGAACUCCUACACUUCCCUCGGUGCCUACGCCCAAAGCAAACUGGCUUUGGUCCUCUUCACCUACUACCUGCAGGAGCAGCUGGCGGCCGGCGGCUUCCCGGUGACCGCCAGCGCCGUAGACCCUGGCAUGGUGAACACGCCGCUGUACGACAACCUAUGGAGCAUCGCGCAGGCUCUGAAGAAACCGGUGGCCAAGAUCCUGUUCAGGACUCCUGCCCAGGGAGCGUCCAUAUCUGUCUACGCUGCAGCUGCCUCUGAGCUGGAGGGGGUGGGGGGCUGUUACCUGUACAACGGCCACAGGAAGCAGUCCUCGGACACUUCCUACGACUCUGAGCUGCAAGCCGAGCUGUGGAAGAAGAGCUGUGAGCUGGUGGGCCUUCAGGAGGCCUGACUCCUCCACAGUCACAGUGGAUCUGUGUCUCUAAUAGGGUUGGGUAUCGAGACACGGUGCUAAUACGGCACCGGUGCCUUAAUGACCGUUAUCUACUGGACCGAAUAGCAACGCGGAUUUCGGUGCCUCAUUUCGGUGCCCCAUUUCGGUGCCCCUUAAAUGCCUGCGCUUCUCUCUGAUGCUCCGAAACGGACGUUAGAGGCAACCGAAACAU